AUGCGGGCUACUCUUGCUGCGACAAAUUUUUCACCGGCCGAAGUACCGUCGCUCUAUGUUCGACCCGAAAAAUCUCGAAACAACUCUUAUCGCAAAGGGAAUUUUGUCCAAGUGCCACGCAAAAGCGAAGAAAGUAAGAGUGAUGCUGGUAACGAUCAAGAUCACCGCAGAACCUUCCGUAAGAGCAGCAUCAGAAAGUUCGGAAGCCUCUUCAGCCGCGACGGUGGUCUCCGUAGUAGGAUCGCUAGCAGUAGUCCGUUGGCGACAGUUGUGAACUCAGAGUGUGCGGACGACGAGGAAAGCGUUGAGACUGUGUGCAGGGUUCAACCAAUCACUACUGCCAGUUCCAUCGAGACCGUUAGCCCCAUAGGGCCAAUGAAGCUAGAAAAGAUUCGCGAGCGUCACCGAAAAUUCGCGCAACUCCAAGAACCUGGAGAUGACGACACCACCAUACUCACUGUCAAACCUGACGACCGUUACCAGUAUGAGUGCAACGAUACCGUCGACAGUCAGAAUGUCAGGGAAGAAUCUCAAAGAUGCAAAGAUACGCAUGUCGUCCAUGAUACUGCUCGCGCUCCACUAGGCAACCGUAACUACCGUCAGCACCACGAAUCUCUCCACGUAAAUCUUACACCCGAUGAUGUUGAGAGGUUCGCUAGCGAAAUUCGCAACAUGACCAUCGCAGAUGUGCACCUUUCCUUAUUCGGAUACUGGAUCAAGGAGAGUGAUGAGAACUUCAAAGAAGCGAAGAAGCACCUUCGAGAGCUAGGAGUCGACCGUGUGGGUCUUCUGAGUUCUUAA